AUGGUUGCUGCCACCCGCCCUCUGGCUCUGGCCGGAGCCUUCAUGUCCGCCGUUGCGGCCGCAAAGACACCGAAGUCUCUGUCUGAUAUUUGCACGCCCAAUUACGCUCGUUCGGCUCUCCGCGACAUCCAUGUCCUCUCCAACAUUACUAUCGAUUUGUCCUCGGUCGAGACUACCCUCACCACGAACUCGUCCGUGAGCUCAGAGUGGUAUCCUUCCGCAACAAUCUCAUUCUGCAAUUUGACGCUGGGUUAUUCACACACCGCUAUCCCCAACGAUAAGGUCCACGUCACGUACUGGCUUCCGGCCCCGUCCGCCUUCAAGAACCGCUAUGUCUCGACCGGCGGUGGCGGCCUGGCCAUCAACUCGGGCACCGGGUACAUCCCGAGCGGCGUCAUAGUGGGUGCCGUCUCGGGAAUCACCGACGGUGGCUUUGGAAACUUCAACACGCAGUGGGACGCCGUGUUCCUCGAGUCGGAGGGCUUCAUCAACUGGCAGUCGGUCUACAUGUUUGGUUACCAGGCCCAUCGCGAGCUGGCCGUCCUCGGCAAGGCGCUGGCAAGGAGCGUCUACAACGUUGCCGGCAACAAGAAGAUCUACUCCUACUAUCAAGGCUGCUCUGAGGGUGGCCGCGAGGGAUGGAGUCAGCUGCAGCGUUACGCGGACCAGUUCGACGGCGCCGCCAUCGGCGCCCCGGCCAUCCGCUAUGCACAGCAGCAGGUGAACCACCUCACCGGCAACGUCAUCGAGCAGACCAUGGGAUACUACCCGCCGUCGUGCGAGCUGGACAAGAUUGCCGAGUUGAUGAUUGAGGCCUGCGACGGCCUGGACGGAAGAACGGACGGCAUCAUUUCACGAUCGGACCUCUGCAACGGCGGCCCUCCCUCCCGGUUCCGGUCCAAGCGGUUUAACAAUCUCCGGCGUCAGAUGCCGCAAAAUCCUACGCCGGCCCAAAACGGCAGUGUUACUGCCGAGGGCGCCGCCGUCGUUGGCGCGUUCUUGAACGGUCUGUUCGACAAUGAGGGCCGCCGCGUCUAUCUUCCGUGGCCACAUGGUAUCACCUUUGCCGACGCCGCGACGGCCUAUGACUCAAGCACUGGAACCUGGGGCCUGAGCAUCAGCGACCUCGGCGGCGAGUGGGUGGCCCGAUACCUGCAGCUGAAGAACACUAGCGCCCUGGAAUCGCUCGACGGCGUCAUAUACGACACGCUCAAGGAGUGGAUGCAGCUUGGCAUGGACCGCUACUACGACGUUUUGCAGACCACGAACCCGGACCUGGCCGCCUUCCGCAUGGCCGGCGGCAAAGUGCUGCACGUCCACGGCGAGGCCGACAAUUCGAUCCCACCCGCCUCGUCGAUCCGCUACUACGAGUCGGUACGCAAGACGCUAUAUCCCAGCAUGGGCUUCAACCAGAGUGUGGCCAAGCUCGACGACUUUUACAGGCUGUAUCUCGUGCCGGGCGCCGCCCACUGCGGAUCGAACUCGGCCCAGCCGGGAUCGCCUUGGCCGCAGACCACGCUCCAGACGGUCAUUGACUGGGUCGAAAAGGGCAAAGCGCCGGACAUGCUGGCUGCCUCGGGCGACAUUGACUCCAUUUGUCGGUGGCCGCUGCGACCGAUGUGGAGGGAAGACGGCGUCCUGACGUGCGAGUAUGACCAGGCUUCAAUUGAUACCUGGGUAUACGACCUGAACUCGUGGGAUGAGCCGAUUUACUAG